AUGCCCCGGGGGUUCCUGGUGAAGAGGACGCGUCGAGAAGCGCCCAUUUCGUACCGGAUCCGGACCCCGCAGAAGGAGGUGGAUGGCGGCGAGGUGCCGUCGGGGCUGCUGCUCCCCGGCGGGGUCUUGGCCUUGCCCUCCUCCGCCCCAAGGAAGCUGCCCCGGGCCGGGGGGCUGCCAGACUGCCCGGCCCCAGGGCCCGGCCCCCUGCGCCUGGCGGGAAGCGCCGCGCCGCUGGGCAGCUGUCUGGAGCGAGGGGGCCUCCAUUCGGGAUCGCCGGCCCCGGGCGCGUCCGCCCCGACGUGCGCCUCGCAGGCUCUGGGCACCGGGUCGGCUUGCGCGCCGUCGGCUAAGCAGCCCAGCGCCCUGGCGCCCGCGAAGAGGGCCGUCGGGGGUGGCGGCGCAGCCCCUGCCCGAGGGGCGGUGGUGCUGCUGGGCGCCUUCGUGUGCCAGCUGUGCCAGGAGUCCUACCCGGGCCCGUUGGCGCUGGCGCAACACUGCUGCUCCCGCAUCGCCCGCGUCGAGUACCGCUGCCACGAGUGCAGCAAGGCCUUCAGCUGCCCGGCCAACCUGGCUUCCCACCGCCGCUGGCACAAGCCCCGGGGCGGAGGCGGCGGGCACGCGGGGGGCACCACCAAGGAGAACGAGAGCCCCGAGCCGGGCAACGCGCCCAGGGGGGCCCUGCCCCACCCCGGCGCCGCCGAAGGGAGCUACUGCUGCUCGCAUUGCCCCAAGCGCUUCCGCCGCCGGGCCUACCUUGGCAAGCACUUGGCUCUGCACAGCGCUGGAGGGCAGGUGCUGUCCGAAAGCCAGUGCCUCCGCGGCAAUCUCGCCCCUUGGCCCAAGAAACCCUUUUAA